UCUAUUAGUGUUUUUUUUUUCGGGUAGGAAGUUGUACUAUAAGCUUAAAUAAAGAUACAGACUUAAUUGAAUAUCGAUCAAUCCACAAUAUGUAUCUUCAUAUAUGUUAUGUACAUAGCGACCCCAAUUCUAUUUUUUUGCUACAUCUAUUUGAUCCCUUUUUAUUGAUUCUGAUCAAUCCGAAAUAAUCGAAAGGCAACUCUUACGUUUAUUUUACAACUCGAAUUCUUCGAUUUCGGAUUAUUUCAAAUAGAAAUUCGUUUGAAAUAAAUUUCCUAUCAUCUCUAUCUCCGUUCGAAAUAGAAAGAUGGGAAUUUUGAAAUAGCUCUUUUAUUGACAUUAUUAUCUUUAAAAACACUUUGUGGAGCGAUUUAUAAAACAAACGAUACAAUACAGUUUUUUUGCUCAACUCAAAUUAAGUCGUAUUUCUAGAGUCCACUUCUUCCCCAUACUACAAGUGAAAGAGAAAAUGUAAAAACUACCAUUAAAGCAGCCCAAGCGAGACUUACAAUAUCCAUGUGAAUCAUGUCCCCUAUUUCUAUGAAUAUGAAGGAAUUAUUCCAUUAUUGUUUACUAAUAAUAGUGAAAUCCAUGGUACAGAGUCAAAAAUUUUUCGGACUAUUAAUUGAAUGAACCAAUCCAAUAAAUCCAAUACCGGAGUACUCAGAGACUUUUUUUAGUUUGUAUACAAACUAUAUUGCGCUAUUACUAACUACUAAUUAGUUAGAUAUUACCUCCCGCUGAAUUCAAGGCCCAGUCAGUAACUACUCCAAUAGGAACGGCGAGGUCGCAAUAGCCCUUCCACUACUUACUAAAACGAAAAUCUUUCCUUGAAUAAGAAUUUACAGAACUUUCACUUUUGAGAACCCCCAGAGACUUAGAAUCAAGUACAUAUCAAGAGACCUCUUCGUCUACUUCCCUUCCAAAAAAUACGGUGAGUUGUAGAUUAUAACAGUCGAUAAGGGAUUUCGAGUCUUUUUUUAAUUAGAAUAUCAGGCGACACCCGGAUUUGAACUGGGGAACAAGGAUUUGCAGUCCUCCGCCUUACCACUCGGCCAUGCCGCCAAAACGAUACAAAAUAGAAUAGACGAAACCAGUCCUUUUUGGGGAUUGAUUACUGAACUUCUUUUUUUAUUUAUUGUACUUGCAUUUUGAAUCCCUUUUCUUUGCUAGCCCUUCCACUACUUAUUAAAACGAAAAUCUGUCUUUUUUUUGUUUUGAUUCGCUCCAUACCAAAAAAUAUGAACUUUCAGUCAAAAAAGUGAAAAUUCAUGAUAAACAUGAGAAAUUGGAACCAUUAACUAUUGACUUGAUUGCGAGUUCAUGAACGAUUCUUCGAUUUUGAUUUCAAAUUUUGUUUACCUAAUGACAUAAGAAAAUCCAAAUGAUAACUAAUCAGUAUUGCGUCUUUUCAAAAAGAAAACCGAAAAAUCUUUAUUUCCAUUUUUCUUUUUCUCAAUUUCAAUUAUAACAACAACUAUGAGUAUAUGUAAACCCCGGAACCAUAACAAAAAUUACACAGACAAUCAAGUAUCUUAUAUAUGAUAUUAUGAUAUAUGGAUAUCUGCACGUGUUUAAAUUGACUAUUUAAUAUAAUAAACAUAACCCGCUUUACAAUACAAUCCUAUUUUAGGAAUUCUACAAAAUGGUAUUAAAUUGAAAAUUAAAUAGGUAAAAAUAUCUCUUUUCUCCGAAAAUCCUUUUUGUAACAAUACAAUAGAAAGAGAAAGGUCAAAAAAGGUUGGUUAAAUACUUUAUUGUUUCUGAUUAUUCUAUCUUUAUCUCGGUGAAGAGAUCAAAUCCUGUAUCUGUUUUGUUUUUGAUAUCCAAUCGGAUUGGAAUAUGUAAUAUCAUAAUAAUGGUCGAAAUUGAACGGAUAUUCUAUACUAAACUAAAUUUUAUAAAUCAAAUAUCUAAUUAAGUAGCAGAAUUCUUUUUAUAUGAAUGUUUUAUCAAUUUAUUUCCUUUUGUAUCUGUUGCAUUUUAAAAUUUGAGUAGAAACUUUUAUUUAUUCCCCUCUUCAUACGUAUUUCAUACAUUCCAUAUAUGCUCAUAUAUGAAUAUAUGGAGUUUUUGUGUCAAAUUUUAUGUGAUUUAGUAAACAGAAUAUAAAUUCCAUCAGAGCUAGAUCGAUCUAUAUGAUUCAAUGAAGAAUGAGCCAAAAAUGGGAUUUUUCAAUAAAUGAGGAAUUGAGUGCAAAUGCUACGGGAUGGAAAUGAGGGAAUGUCUACAAUCCCUGGGUUUAAUCAGAUACAAUUUGAAGGAUUUUGGAGGUUCAUUGAUCAGGGCUUAACGGAAGAACUGUAUAAGUUUCCAAAAAUUGAAGAUACAGACCAAGAAAUUGAAUUUCAAUUAUUUGUGGAAACAUAUCAAUUGGCCGAACCCUUGAUAAAAGAAAAGGAUGCUGUAUACGAAUCACUUACAUAUUCUUCUGAAUUAUAUGUGUCCGCGGGAUUAAUUUGGAAAACCAGUAGGGAGAUGCAAGAACAAACAAUUUUGA